AGGAAGUGCCGUGGAGAGGGGAGGAGGGAGCGGGGGCCGCCAUCAUCCACGGAGCGCUGAGGAGCUGCGCACAUGGAGGAGCGGGCCACAGCUGGAACAGCUUCAUACUGCAGAGCCCGGGACUAGCAGAGUACCUGCACAGGAUGGAGACCGAAGAGGCACAGGAAAUGUCCCAAAUAGCAGGAAGAGACAGUCCUCCUACAAACGAGGGAGGUGAAGAGCAAGAGGAGGCCAUGCCUGUCCCGGAGGACCUGUCGGCCAGCACUGGCCUGCAGCACAACAACCGCACUGACAAACCAGCGGCCUGCACUAUAAAAGUUGAGGCUCGGAGUGACGAGGAGAACGGGCUGGCCGCUGAGAUGAAUGGAGAGGAGGAGGAGUGUGUUGCCGAGGACUUGCGCAUGCUCGAUGGCUCGGGGGCCAAAGUGAACGGCUCCCACGCGGGCCCCGACGGCAAGCCAGCGGGCGCCUACCCCACGGCCGGGGGCAUCCGCCUCCCCAACGGGAAGCUCAAGUGCGAUAUCUGUGGAAUAGUGUGCAUUGGGCCCAAUGUGCUGAUGGUGCACAAGCGAAGCCACACUGGUGAAAGGCCCUUCCAGUGCAGUCAGUGUGGCGCCUCCUUCACUCAGAAGGGAAACCUCCUACGGCACAUCAAACUCCACUCCGGAGAGAAACCCUUCAAAUGUCACCUGUGCAACUAUGCAUGUCGCCGCAGGGACGCCCUCACCGGACACCUUCGCACUCACUCAGUUGGAAAGCCCCACAAAUGUGCUUACUGUGGGCGCAGCUACAAGCAGCGAAGCUCGCUGGAAGAGCACAAGGAGCGAUGUCACAACUACCUGCAGUGCAUGGGCCUCCAGAACAGCAUCUAUAGCACAGUGAAGGAAGAGAACAGCCAGAGUGAGCAGAGGGAAGACAUAAACCUGGCUGCAUCUGAGAGAGCCUUGGUGCUAGACAGAAUAGCUAACAAUGUAGCUAAGCGUAAGAGCUCUAUGCCACAGAAGUUUGUGGGUGAGAAGCGCUACGCUGACCUUCCGUUUGAGGGUGGCUCGGGGGAGAUGAUGCAGCCUCAUGUGAUAGACCAGGCAAUCAACAGCGCCAUAAGCUACCUGGGGGCUGAGUCCCUGCGGCCGCUGGUCCAGACCCCACCCGGCUCUGGCACAGACAUGGUGGUCAGCCCCAUCUACAACCUGCACAAAUCGCAGUCAGCCGAGGGCAACGGCCUGUCGGCUAAAGACAGCGCUGCUGAGAACCUCCUGCUGCUGUCCAAGUCCAAAUCGGCAUCCAGUGAAAAGGACGGCUCUCCCAGCCCCAGCGGCCAGGACUCCACUGACACGGAAAGCAACAAUGAGGAGCGGGCAGGAGUCGGGGGAGGGGGACCAACGGCAGCUGCCGCUGCUGCUGCGGGAGGCCUCAUCUAUCUGACCAAUCACAUGGCCCCGGGAGUGCGGAACGGAGGCUUGCCGCUGGUGAAGGAGGAGCAGCAGAGGCACUUUGAGGCGCUGCGUGCGGCGGGCAUGGAGCUGGGCAUGGGAGUGACCACUGAGGGCUUUAAGGUGCUGACCGCAGAGGGAGAGGAGGUCAGGGCGUAUCGCUGUGUCCACUGCAGGGUGCUCUUCCUGGACCAUGUCAUGUACACCAUUCACAUGGGCUGCCAUGGCUUCCGAGACCCCUUUGAGUGCAACCUGUGUGGCUACCGCAGUCAGGACCGCUACGAGUUCUCCUCACACAUCACACGCGGAGAACACCGCUAUUGAACAUGCACACACACACAAUCUCACACACAUUGAUAUAAAGAGACACACAGUCGUUCAGCGUACACCACACAAACUCUUAAUCGGAAUUUCUUUUUACAUGUUGUCUGAACGCUGUAUGCAUGUUGGAAGGUUUAAUUGGACAUUUCAUUUUGUUACACACUGAUUAACCCAGACAGAUGUAAAUACAAUUCACUGUCUUGUCUAUUUUUCUAUAAUUGUUUGAGUUACCAACAAGUGUCAGCGUAUAUAUGUGGAAAGAGAAGUUGCUUUCCAAACACUGGGAAUGGAAAUGAAGUAGAAAUAUUAUUGUUAAUUAUUUUGAAGACAAAUAUCCAAAUAAAUUCUUCUUGGACUGAUGUGACAAAAAAAAGUCUGUUUUUAAGAGCAGCCUACAGUUUACCUAAAAAUGCAUCACUGUCAUAAAAGAAUACUGCAUAAGAAAAUUAGCAACUUUCUUAGUAGUUUGACCAAAUCAUACCAAAAUUUCAUGACACAUAAAAUGUUCACGGUCAGUUUUUCUUGUCACAGCAAAGAUAUACUGGAAUAAUGAUUGUAUGACUUAUCAUCAGAAGUAUUGACAUCUUGCGGACAAAGGACUGUAAUCCUCCUACCUGUGUAAUUAUGACCAGUAGCUUUUUGCCCCACUGUAUUUCUUUCUUUAUCCUGAUGUUUUUUUUAUUAUUAUUAUUUAACUGUAGAUUUUGACAGUAUUUUACACAUUUAGCAUCAGCACCUAAGAAAAUACAUGCUUGCAAAAUAUCAAUAAAGAUAUUUUACAUUUGUGCAACAUC